AUGCACACCUCCGCUCCGCGGUACGAUGGCGAUUGUGUUGGCUUGGCGUUCGGGGUCGCUCGGCCGAGGGAGGGUGGCGCACCCCCACCGGCUCGGUGGGCUGACCCCGACGUGCAUGGUGCCCCUGCGGUCAGUUACCUCACGGAAAGUCGAAUGGGCGAUGAAAAGGCAGGCGCUAGCUGGCCAGACACGUGGGUGACCCGGUGGCGCAUUUUUCCAGCGCGGGCAUUGGGUCGAGCGCGCCUGGUUGCGGCCAUUGUCGCGGGUGGUCCCACUGUGGCCGCUCCGAUUUCCGAGCACCCCUGCUCCAUCGUCGACGACUUCGGCAUUGUCCUCGUCGAAGGAAGCAGGUACGGCAAAGGUGACCGACCCCUGCCUGCCCUGUCGGUCUCGGUCCUGCCUUCUCCUAGCCGGCCGAUGUCCAAGGUGCCUUUCUUUUGCUUUAUUUUCACUCCCUUUGCUCCUUUUUGCUCCUCUCGCUCCUCUCCUUCCACUCCCACGUCGAGCAUCGCCGACCGACCGACCGCACGCCGUCGUCGCCGUUCUAUUGAUCGAUCCGUCUCCUUCCUUCCUCCCGACCGCGUACGCCGCAUCCGCUUCGCGUCGACGCGCACGACCAAGGCACCUUCAUCGGCAGGCUCCGCACCCACGCUGCCACCCCCUGCGGUUCACGCCAUGUCGGCGCGCUUCUCCAAGGCCUGGCGUCCCCUCGCCGCGGCGACGGUCGUCGUCGUCGCCGCCGGAGCCGUCGCCUACGGCCGCACCGGCAAGCGGCACGCCCACGACAGGGCCCUCGUCGACGUCAAGCGUGACGCGAACACGGGCCGCAUCGUGCCGCCGACGUUUCCCCGCGUCCGGAGCCGUGCCGAGCAGCUGGCGGAGCUGCGACGCCGUCAGGGCCGGGGGAAGGCCGCCGACGAGGAAUACGACCUGCUCAUCAUCGGCGGCGGGGCGACGGGCGCCGGCAUCGCCCUCGACGCCGUCACCCGCGGCCUCAGCGUCGCCCUCGUCGAGCGGGACGACUUUUCGGCCGGCACGAGCUCCAAGAGCACCAAGCUCGUCCACGGCGGCGUCCGCUACCUCGAAAAGGCCGUCUGGAACCUCGACUACUCGCAGCUCGAGCUCGUCGUCGAGGCCCUGCGCGAGCGCCGGGGCUUCCUCGACAUCGCCCCCCACCUGUCGAGCUCGCUGCCCAUCCUCCUGCCGCUGCAGCGCUGGUGGCAGGCCCCCUACCUCUGGCUCGGCUGCAAGACGUACGACCUGCUCGCCGGCUCCGAGGGCCUCGAGAGCUCGUACCUCAUGAGCCGGGCCAAGGCGCUCGAGUCCUUCCCGCUGCUGCGGCGCGACAACCUCGUCGGCGCCCUCGUCUACUACGACGGCCAGCACAACGACUCGCGCAUGAACGUCUCGCUCGCCCUCACCGCCUCCCUCUACGGCGCCACGGUGCUGAACCACGUCGAGGUGACGGCUCUCGACAAGGACGACCGAGGCAGGAUAUGCGGCGCCACGGUGCGUGACCGCAUGGCCGACGCCGGCUCCGGAGCCGCCGCCUUCUCGGUCCGCGCCAAGGGCGUCAUCAAUGCCACCGGGCCCUUCACCGACGCCGUCGAGCGCAUGGACGACCCGUCGCGCAAGCCCAUCGUCGCCCCGGCCUCGGGCGCCCACGUCAUGCUCCCCGGCGCCAUCUGCCCCCAGGGCAUGGGCAUCCUCGACGCCGCCACCUCGGACGGCCGCGUCUUGUUCCUGCUGCCCUGGCAGGGCAUGACGGUGGCCGGCACGACGGACAACGCCUGCGCCGUAGAGGCCGAGCCCGUGGCGCGCGACGACGACGUCGACUUCAUCCUCAAGGAGGUCAGCAAGCUGCUCGAGCCCAAGAUGGUCCUCGGCCGCGACGACGUCUCCGCCACCUGGUCCGGAAUCCGUCCGCUCGUCCGGGACCCCAAGGCCGGCAACACCGAGUCCCUCGUCCGCAGCCACCUCGUCACCGUCUCCGCCUCGGGCCUGCUCACCUGCGCCGGCGGCAAGUGGACCACGUACCGCCAGAUGGCCGAGGACGCCGUCGACGAAGCCGUCCGGACCUUUGGCCUCGGACCGGCCGCCGUCCCCAUGCCCGACAUCAGCGGCGCGGCCCUCGACGGCUUCACCACGACGGGCGCCUGCCGCACGCGGACGACGCCCGUCGUCGGCUCGCACGGCUACUCGACGAGCCUGCCGUCGCAGCUGAUGGAGGUCUACGCCGUCGACGGCGACGUCGCCCACCACCUGGCCACCAACUACGGCGACCGCGCCUGGGCCGUCCUCGGCAACGCGCCGUCGGCCACGGCGCGCAUUGCCCCUUCGUUCCCCUUCAUCGAGGCCGAGAUCCGCCACGGCGUCCGCUGCGAGGCAGCCUGCACCGCCGCCGACGUCAUCUCGCGCCGCACGCGCCUGGCCUUCCUCGACGUCGAGGCCGCCCUCGCCGCCCUCCCGCGCGUCGUCGACAUCCUGGCCGAGGAGCUCGGGUGGGGCGACGCGCGCCGGCAGCAGGAGUGGACCAGCACCGUUCGCUUCCUGCGCAGCAUGGGCCUCGAGGAGGAGAGGCUCCCCGUCACGCGCGCCGAGGUCCUGCGCGGCCAAGGCCUUGCCCUGACGAGGAAGAAGCCGACAAGGCGCGUCCGCGACGCCGCGCCGUUGACGGCGACCGAGGACGGCGUCAAGACCGACGGCCUGACGGGAGCGCUGGCUUCUGGCGCAUGA